ACCAAUCUAGAUUAUUUUGCAUAGUGAAUAUGUAAACAGUGAACGUUGUUUUUGAAGAAAUGUCUGACACUUUGGUUGUCGCAGCAAUUGACUUUGGAACAACUUUUUCAAGCUGGGGAUUUUCGUUUAAACAUGAGUUUGACCUUGAUCCAACAAAGGUCACAGCAAAACAAUGGUCUGGAUUGGAGUCGACUAUAUCUUUGAAAGGACCAACAACAAUUUUGAUUCAUCCUGACGGGAAAACGAUUGAUAGUUUUGGUUUUGACGCUGAAACGAAGUAUGCCGAACUUGCAGAGGAGAAUCAGCAUAAAGAAUGGUACUUCUUCAAGAGAUUCAAAAUGCUGCUGUUUGACAAAAUUGGACUUCAAAGAGAUUUUACUAUUGAAGAUGCCACUGGUAAAUCUCUGAAAGCAAGAACGGUGUUUACCCUAUCUAUAAAAUACUUGAAGGAUGAUCUUAUGGACAUGACGAAGAGAAAAGUUCUUGACGAACACUUAAGAGAAGAUGAUAUAAAAUGGGUUUUGACAGUGCCUGCCAUAUGGAAUGACGUAGCAAAACAGUUCAUGCGAGAAGCUGCAGAAGAUGCAGGCAUAAAGGCUGAGAACUUGGCAAUUGCACUUGAACCAGAGGUUGCAUCAUUAUAUUGCCAACAUAUUCCCACAACAAUAAUUGACAACUCUCUGUCUAAACUUAAACCGGGGAAUAGAUACCUAAUUCUGGAUGCAGGAGGUGGAACAGUUGACAUCACAGUACACGAGAUAACUAACAAUGGGAAUCUUAAAGAAAUAUAUAAAGCAAAUGGUGGUGACUGGGGCGGAACAAAAGUUGAUCAAGCAUUCGAAGAUUUGAUUUCUGAAAUCACAGGCACAUCUGUAAUGGAACAAUUCAAAGAGGAUAAUAUGGAUGCAUACCUUGAUCUGAUGAAAGCUUUUGAGGUGAAGAAAAGGGAGACUCAGAAAGGAAAACAUGUAGCUUUUAAAAUACCCGUGGCACUAAUGAACUUGACGGAAGAUGUCACUGGGGAAACGAUUCGAAAUACAAUAUCACAAUCUAAACACCAGAAAAGCAUACGACUAUCCGGUGAUAAAUUGAGGCUUGAUUUUGACAUUAUAUAUGGAGUUUUUGAAAAAUCUAUUGAAAGCAUAAUUCAUCACCUACAUAAACUUUUUGAAAAUCCUGAAGUGGCUAUCUGCGAUGCCAUACUAAUGGUUGGUGGUUAUUCCGAGUCUUCAUUGCUGCAAGAAAGUAUUAAAGAAAACUUUUCAAGCAAAAAAAUCAUCGUCCCAACAGAUGCAGGUUUAGCUGUUCUGAAAGGUGCUGUGAUAUAUGGUCACAAUCCAGCUUUGAUAGCACAAAGAGUUUGUAAGUACACGUAUGGGAAUGGUGGAGUGCAUAACUAUAGUACAAAUUGCAAACAUCGGCCUGCCAGAAAAUCCUUUGAAAAUGACAUCGAGCGCUGUAAUGAUAUAUUCUACGCACAUGUUCGUGCUGGAGAUAUCAUUAAGCUAGGAGACGAAUGUAAAGCAAAACAAUUUUAUCCGCUUGAACCAUUGCAGGAAAGUAUAACAUUUGAUAUAUACUGUACAAAAGAAAAAAAUCCUGAGCUGGUCACGGAUACAGAUUGUGUGAAAUUGGGAAGCGUUACAAUACCAAUGCUUGAUACAACUGGUGGGUGUUCUCGAAGCGUUGAUGUGAGUUUUCUGUUCGGCGGAACAGAAAUAGAAGUCAAAGUUAGGAACCCAAGGGAAGGAACAGUACGUGAAUUGAAAGUUUCGUUUUGGGGAUAACUUUGGAAAUCCGUAACAGUUACCACUGACGAGAGUUGUCGCCCCUUUGACAGAAACGUUUUUUUUUAAGAUGUGCUUAUUCACACUUUGAAUGAACGAAAUCACCGAACUAUAUCUGGCAAGUUAAAACAAUAGAAGCACGCGCUACAUGCGAUUACAAAAAAACUCGUUUAUCAAUUGUGUAAUUACUUUGAAUCUAUCUAAUGCUAAAAAGUAAAGUACAUUUUGCUAUUUGAAAUCUUUCGACAUUUUCAUUACACAAUAUAUUGGUGUAUAGCUAGAUAUGGAAAGGUAACCAUUACUUGGGAUUUAAUAGGGCCCAUUAAGCUUUAACAUAUAAAAAGUUAGAAGAUUUUUGCAACUUGUUUUCGAUUGAUAUAAAAAGAUUGGGAUAAUUCUAAAAACUUUUUUUCUGUACGAGAUCUUAUGUAAAUAUUUGUGCAUCAUUUGUUAGCUCGACUUUUUUUGGAAAAAAAUAGUCACCCAUGCAUUGCCGUUGCGACAACUUGUACAUUGAUCAUAACUUUUCAAGUUCUCGGUGUAUUGUCUUCAUCCUUGGAACAACACCUUUAUGUAAAGCAGACUAAACUUGACCUUUAUUCAUAAUGACCUUGAACUUCAAGGUGAAUUGUCUAAAGUUUGCUUGUUAUUUUGCUGAAUUUUGCUAUUAGCGGCUAUAAAUUUGUUAUUUUCGGAUGGAUUGAUUGUCUUUAUACUUAAAAAUAAUCUUUUAGGAUAGACCUUCAAGUUAACCAGAUAGACUUUGACCUUCUCUCACUUUACUUCCCUUGAAGGUCAAAUUAUUGAAAUUUUCAUUUUUUUUUUUGCUGUAGCUGGCUUUUACUUUGUUAUUUUCGAAUGGAUUGAUUUCAUAAUAACUGAAUAUUUUAGGAAUAAGACCUUAAUGUACAUCAAGUUCAAAUAGACCUUGGUGCAUUUCUGACCUUCACUCUGAAUUUUAAAUUAAUGAAUGUUCACUGAUUUUUGCUAUAAUUGACUGCAUAAUGGUACAUGUAAAUAAUAAUUGGAUUGUCUUCAUACUUUCACAAAACAACAUUUUGGACAAGACCUUUUAAAAGCUUGAACCGACCUUGAGCUUGAAAUGACCUUGACCGUCAAAGUAAAAUUAUUGAAUUUUGGUUUAAUUGUCAUAUUUUUUGUUAUUUAUGUACGGAUUUAAUUGAAACUUGAACAAAACAAGACUUGCUACCAAACAAACAUAUUGAAUAAUUUAGUUGUGACCUUAAACUUAUGUCGAUCGUGACUGUCAAUGUCAAAUGAAUGAAAUGCUCUUCUUUUUUAGUAACUGACUAUUUCUUUGUUAUUUAUAAAUGGGUUAACUUCAUAUUAAAUCAAAACAUCUUUUAGGUCAGGAUCAUGAUGUAUAUCAAAUUCAAACUAACCUUGACUCAUGUAUGACCUUGACCUUGAAGUUCAAAUUAUUUUAUUUAUACUGAUUAUAUAUAUAAUUGGCUGUAACUUUGAAAUAAAUCAAUGGAUUAUUUUUAUUCAGGAAAAAACAACCUUUUGGACAAGACAUUCUU